CAUUUCAUUGGUGCUUCCGGCUUAACUCCUGCACUUCCGGGUUAGUGUUGUUUGUUGUUAAGAGUUAGAGGUCAAGUAAUAAAGUGUCUCUGGACUUGUUGACUCGUAAUCCCAUGGCUACUGCAAAAACAUUAUUGUUUGUAUAAUCGUGCUGUGCUUCUGGGAUCAGUCAUGUCGCAAGCUUCGUCUGGAUUCACUCCGGCUGCUCAAGUCCCACAUGGGUCUAGUAAGGACAAAUAGAUCUCUGAUAGGGGACUUCCAGAAAGUGUCCUCACGCUCAGUUCUGUCUUCACAGGGUUCUUUUAGUAAUGCCUCGUAUAUUCCCAAUGAAGAAGAGAGGCGUGUCUUCAGAGAGUGCAAUUCCGAAAGCUUCUGGUACAGAUCCUUGCCAUUUUCUGCCAUUGCAACUGCAGCCACUCAGGUAAUGGUAUCAAGAGGAAUCUUUACUCCAUCACCCAGAUUCGGCUCUCUUCCCAAGGUUGCAUUUGCUGGCAUGUUUGGAUACAUUACUGGGAAAAUGUCUUACAUGAGGGUCUGUGAAGAAAAGUUUAGAAAACUGGAGAACUCCCCACUGGGAGAGGCACUACGACAGGGACGUCUGCAUCACAUGCCUUCAGAGCUAAACCAGUCAGAUUUUGAGGAUCCAAACCCAUCAGAAUCUCAACAGUCUGUUUCGGAGUCAGCGUUCCAACCUUCGACAGAAGUCAGUUCUAUGCCUGAGAGCGACAGCAGUUACACCAGUGACUAUCCUUACAGCAGCCCCUCCCAAUCAUACGACCCCACUCCUUUCAGUUCUGGAUUUAGUGAUUCUGGUCCUGUUAACAUCAGGGAUGAUAUUUCUCCUCAAGCUCCGCUCUAUCCAGAUGAGGAUGUGCCCAAAAAGAAGCAAGUGUUGUAUGAGGAACUGCGUAGCAAGAAUAGAGAGAACUAUGAGGUCACUCUCACACAGAAAGCUGAAACACUGAUGAGACCACAAACAGUGGCACCAGUACCUAAGAAGGAAGUUAAAAAGAACAAAUAUGGAGAUUCUUGGGAAUAGUAAUCAACUGUUUGAGGAGCUCAAGAUCUGAACGCGGUGACUUCUGUGGAGUUGUCAUGAUUCCUUCUGCCAGAUU